CCAACCUCCCCUCAACUGCUUAACUUCUCUGAUACUUCUGAGCAUCCAUCACAGAAAUGAAUUUCCUGGGCAUCACUUUGAUUUUGGGACUGCUGGCAGGGGUAUGGGCUCAAAUCAAUGUGGUACGACCGCAGUGCGACUCCCCUGAAGCAGAGGAGGCUGCUCUUGUGGCUCAGGAUUACAUCAACGCCCAGCAUAUUCAUGGCUACAAGUAUGCACUGAAUCAGAUUGAAGACAUCAAGAUCUAUACUAAGCCUAAUGGAGACAUGACGUAUGUGCUGGAAGUUGAACUGCUGGAGACCGACUGCCAUGUGUUGGAUCCCACACCCCUUGAAAACUGCACAGUCAGGCCAAAAAUAUUGACGGCCAUAGAAGGAGACUGUGAUGUGGUGCUGAAGAAGGUUGGCGGAGCUCUGACUGUCACAGCUUUCAAGUGUAAAACCGAGGAAUCAACAGAGGACUUGUGCUUGGGCUGUGCUAUGCUCCUUCCCCUAAAUGACACGACAGCACUGGACUUUGUCCACGCAUCUUUGGCAACCUUGAAUAAAAUCACUCUGGACACAAAGUUUGCUAUUUUGGAGGUUGGAAGAAUGUCGUCACAGGUUGUGUCUGGUGGGCCAAUCUAUUCAGCAGAAUAUGUUGUAGUUGAGGGUAAUUGCGCUGAUGAUGUCUGCGUACCCCUGCAUGAUGCCACGGCUGCACUUGGUAUUUGUGCUGCCAAAGGUUUUAGCACCGAUCACACAGUGGACUGCAAGAUGUUUUCAGCUCUGAUGCCUGUUACAGAUGGCAACAGCAUCGUUCCAGAUGCCAACAGCACCGUAGUAGAUGGCAACAGCACCGUAGUAGAUAGCAAUAGCACCGUAGUAGAUAGCAAUAGCACCGUAGCAGAUGCCAACAGCACCGUAGUAGAUGGCAACAGCACCGUAGUAGAUGGCAACAGCACUGCAGCUCCUGCCCUGCCAUCAGUGGUCCAUGUACACAAAGGCAGCCUGUCACCCAAGCAUGGUCUGAGUCACCACAAGCUGACAGCUUUGCAUAACCCUCAGCUAAGCGACUUGCUGUCUGCAGAAUCAGCAGAGUCAGCUGAAGUGGUACCUGAAGCCCCUGCUGUGGUUGCUGCUGAUCCAGCUGCAGAUGUUGGAGCACUCUCAGAAUCCUCAACCAGUGCCGAGGUCCAUUUAAUUCUGAAAAGAGAUGCAUCUGAUGCAUCAUCAGUGGUUGAGACCAUUCCGACUCAAACAGACCCCAUUCGUCUUGUGCCAGUGUGCCCAGGAAAGGUCAGAUUCUUUUGACCUAGCAUGUCCCAGACACGCUAUACUUAACUGAUAAUUACCUUGUCCCGAAUGGUGAUGUAACACCAAUACACUAAUCUCUUAUUUGAAAGUAAAAUCACACUAGCAUUACAGCAAAAACUGUCUGUAAAACGGAUGAAUAUGAAUUGGAUUGGAUUGUGAUAUUUAAAAAAAAUUCAAGACAAA